AUGAUAUACAUGCUGAGGAGACCAUUGUCGUUCAGGUUUCCAAUCAAUACCACUUUGCGCCGAUUACACAGCACUCGCUUCAAUGCUGUACAUUAUAUGAUCGAUCGACAAUGGAUGAAAACUGUUGCGCCUAAAAUUCAAUUGACCGUUGAGCGUCAAGUAAGAUGGAAUUCAACGCAGAGAGCUCCAGUUAAUGUUAAUUCUAAUGCUUCAGUGACAGCGGUGAAAGAAGCCAAAUUAUCACCAAGUGACUUGAACGGCUCUGGAUUCAAAGAUAUCAAGAGGCUUUUUCGUUUAGCCAAGCCAGAGACUUUACAAAUUGCAUUAGCACUGGUAUUGAUUCUCAUAUCAAGUGCUGUCAGCAUGACGAUUCCCACUAUAGUGGGUAAACUUUUGGAUAUCGCAAAGGACAGAAAAGAUGCCGAUGACACUACCGAGGACGACGAAGGUCCUAAAAUAUUUGGAAUGACCACGAAACAAUUUUGUACUGCGCUCUUGGCAGUUUUUCUUGUUGGAGCAGCAGCCAAUGCGGGACGGAUUGUGAUCUUAAAGAUCACAGGUGAGAGACUAGUGGCACGAUUGAGAACUCGAACGAUGAAAGCAGCACUAGAUCAGGAUGCAACAUUCCUCGACACAAAUCGUGUUGGGGACCUUAUAUCCUGUUUGUCAUCAGACGCCUCGAUAGUGGCUAAAUCCGUGACACAGAAUGUCUCUGACGGUACAAGAGCAGUGAUCCAAGGAUUUGUAGGAUUCGGUAUGAUGGGUUACAUCUCUUGGCAAUUGACCAGCGUUAUGAUACUAAUGAUCCCGCCAUUGGGUAUUAUGGCUGUUGUUUAUGGUCGGAAGAUACGAAACUUGUCCCGACAAUUACAAACUUCUGUCGGUGGGCUAACCAAAGUGUCAGAAGAGCAAUUGGGGGCAGUCAAGACCAUUCAGUCAUAUGUUGGAGAGAAAAAAGAAAUCCAUCGUUACGCAACUGAAGUAAGAAAUGUUUUCAACAUUGGGCUGAAAGAGGCGCUAACCUCGGGUGUUUUCUUUGGUUCAACUGGUCUGGUAGGUAACAUUUCCCUAUUAGCAUUGUUGAUGGUGGGCACUAACAUGAUACAAAACGGGCUUAUUACAGUGGGUGAUCUUUCGAGUUUUAUGAUGUAUGCAGUUUACACUGGAUCUUCAAUGUUUGGACUAUCGAGUUUUUACUCUGAGUUAAUGAAAGGUGCAGGUGCUGCAGCGAGAGUGUUUGAACUAAAAGAUCGUAAGCCGCUCAUUCCUCCCACUAUUGGCCAGGACCCUGUUACGUUGGCCAACAAGACCAUAAGAUUCGAGAACGUAUCUUUUACGUACCCUACAAGAUUGAACCAAAAGAUCUUUGAUGGCCUUGACAUAACGGUUGAGCCCGGAGAGCACGUUUGUAUUGUCGGUCCCUCCGGAAGCGGUAAAUCCACCGUUGCAUCAUUGCUUUUACGUUAUUACGACACAAAUGAGGGUAGAAUCAUGAUUGGAGACCAUAAUAUCAACAGUUUCAAUGUACGCAAGUACCGUCGCUUACUCGGAAUUGUCCAACAAGAGCCACAACUUUUCAAUGGUACAAUUCUAGACAAUAUUCUAUACACUGUACCACCCGAGCGAGCAGAUAACGAUGAUCUGAUCUCUACAGCCAUUGGCCAAGCAAACUGUUCGAAGUUCUUAGCCAACUUCCCGGACGGACUACAAACUCUCGUUGGUCCUCGUGGAGCUCAACUAUCUGGUGGUCAAAAACAAAGAAUCGCUCUCGCAAGAGCCUUUUUACUUGAUCCUUCUCUACUGAUCCUCGACGAAGCCACCAGUGCCCUCGAUUCCCAAAGUGAAGAAAUAGUAGCGCAAACUCUACGAGUGCGUGUUCAAAGAGGUCUUACAACAAUCUCAAUCGCCCACAGGCUCUCUACGAUCAAGAACUGUACAAGAGUCGUCGUUCUUGGAAAAUGCGGCCAAGUCGUCGAAUCGGGACCCUUCGAAGAGCUACUACGUAACCCUUUAAGUGAGCUAAGCAUCUUACUGUCCCAGCAACAGGAUGAACCAGAAACAUCAACUCCAGCACAUUUAUAA